AUGGACCCCAUAUCGAUUGCUGCGACUGCAGCGUCACUAGCAGGAGCUGCUGGAAGCACUGCUAUUGUGUUGAUUCGACUGGCCAAAAAGGUCAAGAAUGUGGACAUCAAACUAUCAGAGACUUGCGCAGAGGUCCAAAAGCUGUCUGGACUCUUUUUGUCCGUGGACAAGACAGUGAGGCAGUGCCAGACACACGCACCGUCACUUUCAUUAUUUUAUCACAACACAUGGGGACAUAUUGGAGACACCUUAGCAGACUGCAAGUCCAACAUCGCUGGUCUCGAUCAGCUUCUCAGAAAACUCAGCGUACGUUUCGACGCGGAGGGCAACUCGCUUGCAACACUUCUCAGAAAAACAAACUUCUAUUUCAUCCUGAGUAUCCACAAGGAAGAGAUUCAAGACUACAAGGUCAAGAUCUUCAAUUCAAACUGGGCAAUUCAGAUGACUUUGCAGUUGGUAACCAUUGCUCUCAGCUUCAGAACCAAUAUUUCUCAAGAGAGGUUAUUCCAGGAGCUUAACAAGCUGGAGGGUAUGAUCAAAAGAUCUCUUCGAAAGGCACACCAAGAACUACCCGGGUCUGAGACGGAACAGAAAAUGGAGAUCGCAGCUCGCAACGUUCCUUACAUCUACUUCGACAUCAUGGAGGAGUGCAAGCCAGCGGCAGACCAGACCAAGACGAAACUCCAUCAUCUAGGAUUGCAGAGGAUAGCUGUGGAAAUAUGGACCAAGCCCUGA